AGCCCGCUCCGGCUCCGACAUGGGUUGCAGUGCCGCCGCGACUGCAGCUUUCGAGUUUCGGGGGUCUCGCCAUGCCGCCAGCGAAGGGCUUGCGAGGCCGACGCAUCGCAGGCGCCCCGGCGGCCGCUGACCUUGAGGAUCCGCCCGCGGAGGCACUCGAGGACCUCGAGGCGGCGCUGUUCUCACCAGAAGGGGGUGCCGAUGAAGGGGCGGCGGGCGGCGCCGAUGAUCUCCAGUGCGACAACUGUGGGAAAACGCCGCAGGAGGCCCCGUGGGCCGACUACUGCGAGUCGAUCGUCCGGGGCAUCACCGUGAUUGUGCCGCGUGGACCGGCAUGCCAAGGUUGUUGGGUUCUGAAGUGUGCGUGGCCUCUGUUGGAAUGGUCGGAGUGGAUCGAGUUGAAGACGACGACCACUGCUAUGGCCAGGGCCGUCGAGAGGGCCACUGAGAAAUUGCAGGUCAUGUCCCUGGACGAGUUCCUGAAGUCGCACGUCCAGUCUUCCGAGCGGCAGGGCACGUGCGUCAAGGCGAAGUACUUGGUCUACUCGCUUGACGAGUUCCUGUGUGAGUUCCAGGUGCCCCACGAGGACCUGGAGUUGAGGCCUGUGACGGUGCUGAACGAGCUCAGGGUUCCUGAGAAAGUCAUUGUUAUCAGGGAUGAUUCAAGACCUCGCACUCUAACCCUGUACGCGGAGCAGUCUUCCGUCUUCUCAGAGGACGUGCUCAGGGCGCACAUCCGCAAGGAGCAGCCAGCCGAGGCGUUCCAGAAGUUGGUCGAUAAUGCCAGCAAGCAGUACGUUGCGACCGACAAGACCCGCAUGCAGAUGACCACCCUCUCCGUCGUGCAGACCAAGUCGGCCAAGAUCAUUAAAGACAGGACGGUCCCGCCAGGAGGUGCGACUGAUGCGGCCGGGUCUGCUGGCGGCGCCAGCGCCGCAGCAUCUAACCUCGGCGGUGAUUACACGCCUGCUUGGCAGCGGAUGGCCGCUCGGGCCGCCGCCGCUGCGCCGGAGGGUCCGCCCAAAAAGAAAGCCAAGCCGGCGGGUUCUGCACCAGCGGCAGCGGGGGCCAAGCCAUCAGGUGUUCCCAAGGUGGCAAGCGCUGCACCGGCUGCUGCAGCUCCGCGGUCGUCGAGAGCGGCCCGUCGUGGCCUGGAAGAUUCCGAGGCCGUGUCUGAUUUGACAGCCCCUGGGCGCCCCGCCAAGAGGCGCGGGAGCAGCGUGGCGAGCGGGACGUCGGUUGGUGAGAGGGCCGCCACAUUCACUCAUGACACAGCUGAUGGCGCCGAUGGGGGCUUCGAUCUGCUCGGGCUCAUCACGGGCACAGUGCAAGGUCAAUGCAUCGCCGGCGCGCGCCGCACUUCGCAGUCCCUCUGCAAGGCUGGCCAGCAUCGGCAAGCUGGCGAUCUCGACGACAACAUCAGCAUCGCAGAUAUGGCCCACAAGCUCUCGCCGCAGUUCUCGGAGCAGACCAGCGCGGACAAGAUGCAGGACUACAUGACCAAGGUGGAGCCGCGCCUGCGGGGAAAGGGCGGCUUUCCCAUGUCUCUGCGCCUGCGCUUCGCGUCCAAGUCUUUGGACUCAGCUGUCCCUCGGCUGAUGCAUGAGGAGUUGUGGACCGCGAUGCGCCCGUUCGCAUUGACGACGGACUUCCCGGAGGAGGGGCCGCCGCGUGAGCAGGACCAGUUGGAGCCGCUCGAGCGGCGCCUGAGCGUGCUCGUCCCUUUCGCCGUGAACGACGAGCUGAAAUCCGCAGCCAAGGCGGCGAUGACAAAUGGUUUCUUCGGGAAUUCCUUGAUCUGCGUGUGCCAGGAGGACUUGGAGAAGUUGAGGGCGUUGGUGACGCACCUCGUUGGCUUCUACGACGACGCCAUGGGCAAGAACCUCAUUACGCUCCAGACGGUGCCGGACUGGCUCAUUGAGCCGUUCGACGAGAUUCUGGAUUGGUGCAGGGCCGUUGCUGGCAUCAUGAACCCAGAGCCGGGAUAUCUGGGCUCCUCCGCGGACAAGAUUUGCGAGGUGUUCAACCCCAAGGGGAGGCAGGCGCUCAGGCCGGGCGUCCGUUCCGCCGUGAACGCGCUGGACAAGAACGCGCAUUGGCAGGAGCUGCUGGGCGCCUUCUGGGACGCGCUGGAGUAUGAGAGCGAGGAGGGCCCCCGCGCGUCUGCCGUGAUUGCGAAGCUCCGGACGUCCCAGGACUUAAAUGAACUGCGAACUCUGUUUCAGGAGGUCCGUGAGGCGUGGCCUGCCUGGGUGGCGGGCUUCCGGGAGGGCGCGCUGGAUGGCGCGAAGGGGGAUAUCAAGACCAUCUUGGGGAAGAAGAUCCCGGAGCUGCUGACGAAGGAGCCACAGCAGGAGCACAGGGCGAUGUGCGAGGAAUCCAUCGCCAUUAUUUCGGCCGUCUUCCCCGAUAAUCUUGAAAGGUUCAAGGCGGAUUACCAAGGUAUCAUCGAUGGCUUCAACAAGGGCGACGCGCUCGAUCAGCUGAAGGAGACGGUGACGUCCUGGACAGGAGGCCACGACGACAUCGACGUGGUGCAGGGCUGCUUGGACCGCUGCAGAGGGCAUGACGUCGACGAGGACCUCGCCUCUCACCUCAUUGACUGCCGCAACUUUGUCUUCGUCGCUGCGAAGAUGAUCCCCCUGGCGAUGGACCCCCAGCCAGCGUUCGACAAGCUGGCGUGCGCCGCGACGGACAUCUGUGCGUUCAAGAUGGUCCGGCAGGAAGACGCCAGGAACAAGAGGGACACCGAUGCCAUGUUGAAGGAGUUCUUGAGCGUUGGAAGGGCAGGUGCUGCCGUCGCAGAGUCGCGGGCCGCUUUGCGGGCGUCGACGGGGGCCGCCGACAAGGACAGGGUCCACAACUUGUCGGCGCUGAAGGAAAACAUCAACGCCUACAAGUGCUGCAAAGUAACCGAGGCCUCGCCGUCGGAGAUGCUGGUGGUCAAGGAGGCUUUCGACGGCAUGAUCGAGGACUGCGGCCCGGUCAUGGACGAAACGUACGAGGCCUUGAAGAUCAAGUACGGGGACAAGUUGCAGUCGUCCGGGAUGCGCCUGGAAAAGGUGAACGGCGGGUGCAAGGAGGAGGGCAAAUGGUGGCUCGACGGCGUCGCGGCGGACGCUGGCAUCGAGGACCUCGUGAAACGCGGGGAUUCCACGGUCAAGUGCGGGUACAUGGAAGCCAUCAGGAAGAGAGGCGAGUCCCUGAGGGCGGAGCUCUCUGAGGCCAUGACGCUCCACAAGUCCAUGGGCAAGGAGUUCGCCGUGGACCAAAACGUGAUGGCAGCCUGCCUCCGCGGGGCCGCGACCACUUUCGAGGCCAGGAUGUUGCAGGCGCACAAGAUGCAGGGCCUCACCAAGAAAAAACACAUCAACACUCACAGGGACGAGUUUACGGAGAUCCUAAAGCAGUUCGGCCAGAAACCAGAGUCAUGGGCACACAAGACACUGUGGGCUGCCGCGCAGGAGAGUUGAGCGUCACGCCUGCCUAUAUCGUCACCGGCCUUGGCCAUGCCCAUCCCUGUCCCAAUUCUGAGCUAUGGAUGGGCCGGCCAGGCCCGGCAUACGUGUAUAUAGUUGUUGCCAUCCUAACGUGCAGGGCCUGGCUGGCAAGUGCAGGCGGGGCGACCGGAGGCGGGGCGGCUGCAGGUUAAGCGAGACGGGAGGGCAGGUUGACAAUGGCGCUGCGGCCUAGUCAGCGGGCGUUGCCCCCUCGCGUAAAGGCGCGAGCAGUUUUGAGGUUGGAGCUGGGUGGGGCAAGGAUGAGGAAGGGGAUGAACGACCAGGCCGACGCUUUCACCCCCCAGCGGCAAUGAUAGGUUUUUAACUUUUGACGCCCCGUCUGCCACGUAGGCGGCUCGCGGCACGAUGAGCCAGGGCCAGGGGCUGUUAAGUACCAUCUCUCAGUUCCCAGUGGGGGCGAUUACAGGAACAGCAAGUUAGCGAUUCCAUAAUUAGGUGAACCCUGCUGGCCAUGUCUGGGGCGCUUCCCGACUUUGUCGUGGACAUCCUCCGGCGAUAGGGCGGCGACAGAAAAAAAUCUACACGGUUUCCUUCGCCGGCCGACCCAUCUUGCGUCCAGUGUCUCGUUUAUUGGCCGAUUGGUCUGACGUCCAAUCACCCUGGUCACCCUCUGUUUUGUAAUCACUUCAGGCCGUCUCGGGGGUCUUCCGGACGCGGCCUUGCCCGUCAGAGGGGCCUCUGCGGCCCCCAGCGAUGCCUCUUGUGCGCUUCUCGAGUUUUCCUGGCGGCUUCUUGCGUUAUCUAAUGACCUUCGGCCUAUCCCGCCACCGUGCCCGGAUUGUGGGUCAGAGGCCU